ACACCCACCCAACCAACCAAUAAUCAAAAACAUUACUUGUAUAAAUUGUCUCUGCAUUCUAAUCCUCAUCUCCAAGCCAUAUAAUUUAUUUGUUGAUAUCAUACAAAUUCCAAACUACUUCUGGUCUAGAAACAAUAUUAAUGAAAAAUGAAGAAAGUUGUUUUGAAAUUAGAGGUGCAUGAUAACAAAGACAAACAAAAGGCCAUGAAAGCCGUCUCUACUCUCUCAGGGAUUGAAACUCUAUCAAUUGAUCUAAAAGAGAAGAAAUUAACAGUAGUAGGAGAGAUUGAUCCAGUUCAAGUGGUGGGGAAAUUGAAGAAAACAUUGCAUCCAGAAAUAUUAACAGUUGGACCAGCAAAAGAGCCAGAGAAGAAAAAGGAUGAAAGUGUAAUAAAAAAAAAUGAAGGGGCCAAAAAAGAUCAUAAUGAAAAAGUUGAUGAACUUGUAAAGCUUUACAAGAGCUAUAAUCCUAACAUGACACAAUACUAUAGGGUUUAUAGUAUGGAAGAUAAUCCAAAUGCUUGUGUUAUUUCUUAAAAGGAUUUCCCAGAUUAUAUACGCUGACAAAGUGACAGUUUCAUUACAUAAUGUAAUGUAUGAUCAAUCUUUUAUAUGUUAUUAAUGUCACAUAUUA